AUGUCCGCCUACACAUGUCGCUCCUGUCUGAUGCGACGGCUCUCACGAGUAUCUCACAGGCGUCCCCUAUCCUCCAAGGCGGCGGCCAAAGACCAAAACAAGAUCAACACAGCCCUGCCUACAUCCCCCGCGCGCACCCGAUUCGCGCCCUCACCCACAGGCUACUUGCAUCUGGGCUCGCUACGGACCGCCCUCUUCAAUUACUUGCUCGCAAAACGUACAGGCGGCCAGUUCCUCCUGCGGAUUGAGGAUACCGAUCAGAAACGCACCGUGCCCGAUGCCGAGCAGCGACUCUUCGAUGACCUGCGCUGGGCAGGGCUGCAAUGGGACGAGGGCCCUGAAGUGGGAGGUCCCUACGGCCCCUACAGGCAAUCCGAGCGCAGUCUGAUAUACAAGCAACACGCGCACAAAUUACUGGACGCGGGCCAUGCAUAUCGCUGCUUCUGCUCCGCCGACCGCCUACACGCCCUCGCCGAACACAGGCACAAGCUGGGCCUGGCAACAGACUACGAUCGCACCUGCGCCUCUAUCCCGCAGGAAGAGAGCGACGACCGAGCCCAUCGCGGCGAGUCCCAUACCAUCCGACUCAAGGUACCCGACCAGUAUCCUACCUACAAAGACCUCAUCUACGGCACCUUUCGCCCUCUACGGCGCCGCGGCCACGUCACUGAGGCCUCUUUUGAAGAUCCCAUCCUGCUGAAAUCAGAUGGCCUGCCAACCUACCACCUCGCCAACGUGGUAGACGACCAUCUCAUGCAAGUUACCCAUGUCGUCCGAGGCAGCGAAUGGAUGCCCAGUACUCCAAAGCACAUAGCCAUGUACUCGGCCUUUGGCUGGACACCCCCACAGUUCGCACACGUUGGCCUGCUCGUCGACGAGCAAGGCAACAAGCUCAGCAAGCGCAACUUCGACACCGACAUCACCGCCUUCAAGGACAUGGAAAUCUUCCCCGAGACCCUGACCAACUUUGCCGCAUUACUUGGGUGGAGUCACAGGGAAAAGACGGAUGUGAUGGAUUUACCAACCUUGGUCCGGAAUUUCAGCAUGAAGUUCACAAAGGGCAAUACCACGGUGACAUUUGGCAAAAUGCACUUUUUGCAACGAAAGCACGCUGGCGCGCGUGCCGCAGAGGGCGAGGAAAAAUUCAACGAAAUGGUGACGAACACAGCCAAGCUCCUGCUGGCACCCGACUCGCCGUACAAAGCGUGGAAGGAAAUUGUAGGUUCGCCGUUUCCCGAGGCGUAUAUUGCCGACAUCAUACGUGUGGAUGCGGAAAACUAUACAAAUGCAAACGAGUUCCUAUACAGGAACAGUUUCUUCUUUACGCCGUUGCGACCCUACCACGAUGCACCGCCUGUCGCGACGUCUUCGGAUAUCCCUAUGCGGGCGCAGAUGCUUUCGCAAGUGACGCAGUCGGAGUGGAACAAGGAGAACCUCAUGCAAAAGGUAUGGGAGAUUAUUGAUGGGAGGGCCGAGGGCAAGGCUGGCAGUAAAGAUGUAUAUCAUUAUCUCAGGAAGAUGGUGACGGGGCAGGAACAGGGGAUGCGCAUUUACGAUGUCAUGUUGAUUUUGGGAAGAAGAGAGACGUUGGCAAGGUUGGGCGUGGGGGAAUGA